GUUGACGGAAAAACAAUUUAAACACUUUCUCACACCCUGUAAAAAUUUAAAAAAAUUGUAUUGAAAAUUUUCCUUAUUAACUCAAAUCUAAACAUAAUUAUAGUAGAAAUGAAUCGAUUUGAGUUUGCCCAAGCAAUGCUUCUAGAUGGUGAAGCUGUUGUCAUCAAACAUGAAAGUGUUAAACUGUACGACGGCCAUGAAAAGACACUUUUUGAAGAUGGCGAAGCUGUAUUAACGACUCAUCGAAUAUUUUGGGGUAAAGCUGGGGAAUUCUCAAGAGGUUCUCACAUUAUUCAACUGCAUCAUAGACAUGUUAAAGCGUUAGAUGAAGAAAUGGGAUCGUCAAUGUUUUUUGGAAAGAAGAAGCGACUAGUAAUUCGUUUACAUGAUCCAUAUCCUGAUAAGGCACCAGGACCAAUGGAAUAUAGUGCUGCAACAUUUAUAAAACUUUCAGGGCCAAGCGGAAUUUCCUCAAAUUUCAUUCAGGCAUUAAACGAAACUUUAAUGGCGAGAGUUUGGCAAAUAAAUUUACAAGUUUCUUCACCUUCAUCACCACCUCGGAUAAAACCACGAUCAGGCAUUGGCGGAAUUGAAAAAGGUCUCAUUGAAAAGCAUAGACAAACCGACGAAAAUCUUUCGAUGGCAUUCCAAGAUUUAAACAAAUUAAUUGGAAUGGCUAAAGAAAUCGUUCAAACUUCUAAAAACAUCAGCAUAAAAAUUCGUGAACGACAAACUGAUGCUUCAGAGGAUGAAACUUUGAAAUUUAAAACAUUGUUGAUGAGUUUGGGAAUUGACGAUCCAGUGACGAAGGAAAACUUCACAAACAACAACGAAUAUCUUCGGAGUUUGGGAAACGAAAUUUGCCAGUCGCUUCUCGAUGUUAUCACAGAACAAGGUGGUAUGAUGACAAUAACAGAAGUUUAUUGUCGCAUCAACAGAGCUCGUGGAUUGGAACUUGUAUCACCAGAAGAUGUUUUAGAUGCUUGCAAAUUGCUUAAUGGGCCUAUGAAGCUCAGACAAUAUCCAUCAGGUGCAUUAAUUCUUCAACUUGAUAAUCAUAACGAUGAACAAGUCGCUGAAGAAGUUGAACAGCAAGUUAAAGAAGUUAACUCGAUGUCGAUUGAAGAAUGCGCUCGUCUUCAACACAUUAGCGUUCUUCUAGCCCAUGAACGUUUUCUCAUCGCCGAACGUGCUGGAAAAGUUUGUCGCGAUGAGUCAGUUGAAGGCCUUAGAUUUUAUCCAAAUUUAUUUUUAACACAAUAAAGAGAAAAUAUUUUUUAAUCAAAAUUAAGUAAAUGAAUUGCGUUAUCAGUUGAGAUAAAAAGAUUGAACUCAUCGCUUGCAAUCUUUCUACAAACUGUUGAUGUGUCGAGAUGAAAAACACGUUCGAAUGUUUUUGGAUUUCUUAAAUCACAAAGUAUGAGCAUUCCAAGUAAAGUUCCAUAAAUAACACCAAAACAUCCAUCAUAAUCGAUUGCAGUUGCUGUAAAAUUUCCACAUGAAAAUUCUUGUCUUUGGAAUUCCGUUCGACAAUCAAUAAGUGACAAAGGAUUAUUCCAGGAUGUGUAAAGGAAACAUGAAUCACUGAUCCAUUGCGUGUUAUAGAUUUGUGACUUAUUUGAUUUACUGCUGAUAACAUCGCCAUUAAUUGGAUUAAUUAAGUGAAAAUAUUCUGAAUUUGUUCCAAGUAUUUUAUCUCCUGUUGGAUUAAAGUUAACAGUUUGAAAUCCAAAGUUUGUUUUAACAUCCAUCGCGUCAAAUGAUAGCAUUUCAAGUUCCAUUCCAAGACGAUGGAAUUUUGCAUUGUUUAUAGUCGUGGUCACAAAAAUGUCUUGAUGAAAGUCUAGAUCAAGUGUAGGGUCACAUUCAAAACGAAUAAAAUCCAUAUUGUAACCUUCAUAAUCUGUGUAAGUGAAAACUGAACCAUUACUACGACAUCCAGCAAUCAUAUCGCCUUUUCUCUUCAAACUUGUAAUUACGGAAUCAUUUCGAAAUCCUCCAGUGAAAAAAGGUUCAACUAUGAUUCCAUCUAUUCUUUUUCUCUUGUUAAUGUUGAAUUCACCUAAACUAGACGAAUACAGAUAUUGUUGAUCAAUCUGAAGUUGUGAAACGUAAUUUUCACGAUGCUGAAAAAAUACCAACUGCUGACAUGAACCAAACAACCAA